CUGUGCGUGGCCGAGGUCUGGCGAUCUGUACCAGGUGGUUGUUUCCUGCCACGUUUCUCAAUACUCUCGUCGGAAACCGAAUAAAAAUCACUCAGCUUGUAAUAUUUUAGUCCUCCUUCGUGUCGUGUCAAGAUCUGCUGCGAGGUCGUCGCAAAAUGGCAAUGUCCGAGCUGACACAAGCAUUCGUCUUCGUACAUUCUACAGCACCGAUAGACCCUCAUAAGCCGGAUUCCAGCCGUGCUAUCUAGAGAUGUAUGCAGGCUCGAAAGCGGCAGUUGGGCGAAUGAGUAUCAAAAGACUGGCUGUGUGUGCCGUGCCGCGCUGAGAAUGGUUGCUGUAACGGGCCAAGUCCGUAUAAUCACAACAUGUACGUACCCCCACCUACACUUAACCUCCAGAACAGCAAGCACUAGCCUUCGUUGAAAGUUGAUGCAUGUCGGUUAUGCAACCGCUAUGAUUGUGCUUAUCUAUCUCAGUCAUCCCAAUCACUUAUACUACGCCGCCUUCAUUUGGGCAAGGCAAAGCAAGUCUCCAAAGCCAUAUUGCACAUGGCCGCAGUCAUGCAGCGGCAACUCACCCGAAAGUAGUGGUGGGACAUACGAGGAGGCUGCUCAACUACCGGGGUAA